UGCAGAAAAAAUUGAAGGACAAGGAACAGGAACUAACGAAUUUCGGGAAGGACAUGGAGAAUCUAGAGGAACGAAAUGCUGCACUUGUGACAGAGAAUUUGUGCCUUGCAUCAUCGGUGAAGGAGUUAGAGGCAAAAUUGAAGAAAUUGGAGCAGAUGUUGAGCCCAAAGACUCACACCUCAACAACAGCUCGACAGCAUAGCUCCCCACCACCUAACUUAACAGAAGAAAAAAAUGAAUCAAAUGCAGCUGCAUCUAACGCUAUUGAAAACACAGAAAAGAAAGAUCAAUCAACUAUUGAGGAAGGUCAGUCCCAAGAGAUCUUGACAGUCGAAGAAUCUGCAGUCGCAGCAGCUCAAUCUCCAUCUCACUGCACAGUGCCAAAAGAAACUCAAUCGACACCUCCAUCACACAAGGACUCACUGUUCCAGAGCCCCACAGUCCGCAUGCUCACAGUUGAAGAAAUAAUGGAAAGACAACCUGACAUGUUUCAGAUAGUGAAAACUCAUUUAGCUGUGCAUGCCACUCCACUUCGUACGUUGAGCAUAGAGAAAGAGCAGAAGACACCAGAAGAGAACAAAAAGGGCUAGUUAACAAUGCACAUUACAGAGAAACAUUCCGGUGAAACUGUAUCAUCAAUGGGUCUCUACUCAUAUGUUGUGAGAUUAAAGAAUAGGAAAAGAACACAGAAGAAGGACAACAUUUACUGGUGGGGGGAUGUGAAAGCAAAAUGAGAGAAAAAAGCAAAGGAGAAGCAAGAGAGAUUGAGAGCUGCUGAAAAGGAAGAAAAAGAAAAAGAGAAGAAGGCCUCACUGCAACUUGCGGAACGUAAAAAGCUAGAAGAGAUGCUAGCACAACAGAAUUUGGACGGUUUACCAGAGGACGUUCUGGACGCGAUAAAAGAGAUGGAUGUUGAGGAACAAGCACACAUCAAUGAAGAGCCAGAAGAAAAACAGCUCCCUCCUGAGGUCGUAGACUGGGAGAAGAGCAAAGUCUACAAUUAUAUGGACCAGGACAUCAAGAGGAGAGUGCAGAGAUAUUGGCAAAAUGCACUAUCAGGAGUGUUCCUAUGGGUAGGCAGGCGCUAUGGAGCGGAGGUAUCCAGACAGGAUCUAAAGGACAUGAUAAUGGAUGAACCUAUAGCAAGCAACUGCAUAGAAUGCUAUGAGAUUCUGUUGACUGAUCAACUAUCAGACAAAGAAUCACAAGGUCUGGAGGUGCCAUCUUUUAUGCAUCCCUUAUGUUGGCAUUCUGCAGAAAAUUUAACAGUAUAUUUCGUACAUCUAUACCUCUGCGAACCACUGUUCCAGAAUCUGGUAAGGUCAAACUAUAUAUUCUUCCCAAUUUCACAUGAAUCCGGAUUUCAUCAUACACUGCUGAUUUUUGACAAGAGUUUAAAGAACUGGUUCCACUGUGAUUCAAAGAAACCGAAAAAACCAUUAACUGGAAGUUGCUUUCAAAAUGUCAAAAAAAUGAAAGAGCAUAUUAUUGAUUUGGCUGUGAUAUUGGAAAUGCAGAUUGAAAUGGUAGAGUUUUGGAUGACAGCAGUCAAAGACCAAGCAGAUGACAUGCUAGAGCAAGGAUGCAGAAUGAAAUUCGAUGAAAAGAACAGCUCAGAAGAAGAAUUGAAACUAAUCGAAGUUCCACUGACUGAAAAUGAGAUAGAAAGCAUAAAAUGGAUCAGGGAUAACUAUAAUGGAAAAAUGAAAGUGGAAGACAUCAAAACCUGCCCUCAACAAGACUCAUUGUAUUGCGGGCUUUUUGUGAUGUACAACAUGGAAAAAAUUUCGAAAAGGGAGACAGUUCAAAGCAAACUAACAAAGGAUGAUAUUUUGAAAUUUAGAGCUAAUGUUGUAAAGUCAUUUGUAGAAAGUGUGCCGAGAUACGGGUUAUCAAUACCAAAGACCAAAGAAGGGGCAUACAGCUCUGAGUUCAUGACUAAAUACUUUGACAAAAAGAAGAGGAUCAACAAGGCGGGUGCGGAGCAAGCUUUGAAGAAGGCAUUGGCAGAAACUCCAGAAACAGGGGAAGAAAAAAAGAAACGGAACAGAAAUGUUGCCGUAUUAGUACUCUUGAACCUUUUCAUCAAACUCCUGUUCCCAAACUCUGGAGGAACAAUAUCUUGGGACUAUGUAAGAGUCUGUGAAGAGGUGGAAAUACUGGUUUUGCCACAAGACGGGUGUAGUGUCGCCAAUCGCUGGAAGGGAAACCGAAAAUCACGGAAUCAGAAAGUGGCAAUUAAAGACCCUGAUAGAAAAAAAAGGGAUUUCAACGCAAUGGGGAAGUUGAAGAAAAUCUUUAAUAAAGUUAAAGAAGAUGCAGAGGAAGAUGAAAUCGAGUCUAAUACAGAUACAGAAACUCAAGAAAAACAUAAUGAUGGGCAAGAAGAAAAUGUUGAAAAGAGAACCAGUGGAAACAUGGAGAAGGAGACUACAUGGAAUGAUAUACAGAAGAAAGAAUUAGAGACAAAUCUUCAGAAAAAGGAAGAAGAGCUAAGAGAUGUGGAAAUAGAGAAAAAGGGCCUGGAAGAAAAAAUAAGGAAAUUGGAGAAAGAACUGGAAACAAGAGAAAAGAAAGCUGGCCACAUUAACAAUGAGAAGAUGGAGAUAGACAUAAGGAAGAACGAUGAAUAG